AUGAGCUCGUACAGUACCGAUACUUCUAGUGAUGAAGGGGAUCCUUCAUUUACUUCGCGUGAUUAUGGCGAGAAUAUUUCGAGUGAUUCUGAUGUUAGUUUGCAUAAUCUUUCUCAUCGUCGUAAUACAAUAACCACAAACUCAUCGAAUGAUAACAUUACAAGAAGUGGGCGUUCAUUAAUCAAUAUAGGACAAAGAGAGGCAGUAUAUAAAGAUGAAUUAAUACGAGAGGGUGGACACAUGAAUAAACGACAGCGUCAAGAAUACAUAAUUUUGACAAAGAAAUCAGCAUUAGGAUUCAAGAAUUAUAAACGUGCCAGUGAAUAUUUUAACACUUUAGCUGGACAUGAAACAUUACUAUUGCCUGCUAAAUAUGUGUUGUUUGAAUUCGACGAUGUAUUGGCCGUACAUGAAUUAAACUCGGAUCGUUUACGAAUACAAAUUGAUUAUGAACGUCAAAAUCCAAGUGACGAAACUCGAGCUCUACAUCACGUAACAUUUACAGCAAACGAUGUCAACAAACAUCGGAAAUGUCUCAAAAAAUUACGUGAUAUGAUACCACGUAAUCCACGCGCAAUCACGCUUUUGCCUUAUCAUCGGGAAUCAGUCAGCGAUAUAUUGCUAUCGCAAGUCGAACUACCAGAAAGGUCGAAAUUUAUGGCGUACCGUGUGGUGUUGUUGAAAAAGACGAAAAAUAAAUUAAUAGCGGCGAAUAAAACUCAUGAAGAAAGUCAAGUUGUUAUUUUGGCUUUGGGAAAAAAUAAUCUUUUUAUUAUUCCUUAUUGGGAAUCAGAUCCAAGCGACGCGUCAAAAAAUUUUAAUCAUCAAGAGCAAACAAUUGGAUUACUUUCGAUAUCUCAUAUAUUAUUGGAAGGUUUAGAUGAUACACUACAAUUAAUAGUGCGAAAACCUUUUGAAGAACCACAUGUCGUUUAUGUUUCCUCAUCCGCAUGUGAAUUAAUCGCACGGGAAAUUCAAAUGGCAGUUGAAUCUCUCACUCCUUGGUAUAAACAACCAUUGUGUCAAAUUCAUUCUGUUUUCACGAUAAGAAGUGGUUCGCAACCCAAUGAUACUACCUCGGAUGGAGGAUUCCUGCGAUUAUUGGAAGCUUUUUGUAAAUCUUAUGGUGUUAAUCGUGAACGUCUAUCGGUUAAUGUUGAACUUAUCGUUUCUCAAAACGCCUCAAGAACAGUCGACAAUCUUGCAACUAAUCCUGAUCUUAAUAAUGGAAUUGAACCAGCAAAUGGAAUAUUACGAAGUAUAUCGCCUGGCAUACGGAUAACAAUUUUCGCUCCAAACGUUGAGAAAGGUUUAACAGGUUCAUCUGAAUAUACUGCAAUUGAAUUACUAGCUAUUUUGCGUGCAAUGAGAUAUAAUCCGUUGAUUCAUGAAAUAGUCUUCAGGUGCAGUAUAGCUUCACUAGAAACAUUCGAUCCGUAUUCUGUUCGACCGAUUGAUCAACUAUCAGAUGUGCAAUUUGAUCAAAGUCAAUCAGUAAACGAAAUUGCAGCAAAAAACCUAAAUGUAUCAACAGAACAGUUGAACCUUUUGCUAAUCGAGCUAUAUUCCUUAUUAUCUGAAAGUUCCACGCUAAUAAAAUUAGAUUUAUCAAAUUGUAAUCUCAGAGGAGAGGGAGUAUUAUCUGCGAUCGGAGCUGCGCUCAAAUCAGAAACAACUGGAAUUGAAAUGUUGCACCUUGGUGGUAAUCAAAUGUCUCAUCGAGAUGUUUUGUUAUUAAUAGAAGGGAUUCAAGUGCACAACAAGCCAAUCAAAGUCUUGGAUCUUUCUUCAAAUCGUUUACAUAAGGAUACUGUUAAACUUGUGCUGGAUAAUCUACUUACUCGAUUUCCCCAGGAACUCGAAUUACUUGAUCUCACUGGGAAUUGUUUGAAUAUUGGAAAAGAUUAUCUUAAUUCAAUAUUUACAAAGUUUCAAUCAAUUCGUGUAUUACGACUCGGUGAUUGGCCAGGUUUUACUCUUAAUUUACCUAAGAUUGAUUUAAAGACAAUAACUGAACUCGUAUUUUCUGGGACAGAAAUGUCUCAAAAAUCUGUUCUCACGCUCGUUGAAUAUAUAAACAACACUGAUAUGUCGUCAAAUCUGGAGAUAUUAUCGUUGGAAAGUUGCAAUCUAUCUAGCGAGAACAUUUCUAAACUUUUGGAGGCAAUGGAGCAUAAUAAUCGACGUGAUAUUCGAUUACUGGUGGGCGGAAACCAAAUCGCUCUUGAUUUCGAUAAAUUCUCUAAUUGUGUCGCACAUAAUCAGACACCUCGUUGGCUUGGCUUAUCACAUGUACAAUGGAAUGAAUCACAACUCUGCACUUUUCUAAAAAGCUUGUGCGCUAAUCGAGAAAUCACUGUUUUGGAUAUUUCAUUUCCAAAAUUGGCAUGUGAUAUUGAUGAUGAAACAGCCAAUUUAUUCAAAAAAGUGCUGGCCGAGAAUCACAUAUUGCUUGCAUUGAAUCUUGCUGGUGGAGGAGAAGGAACUCGCUUUGGUCCGAAAUUAGGAAAGGUAUUGGAUGGGUUAAAGAAAAAUAAGACAUUGCAGAAGUUAGAUUUGACAGGCAAUUGUUUUGGUGAUGAAGGUGCUGAAAAGUUGAGCGACUCAUUAUACGUAAAUACAUCACUUAGAGAAAUAGGAAUAGACGAUAAUUCGAUCGAAGGUGUCGGCUUUGUCAAACUCUCUGCAUCAAUUUCAGCCAAUAAGACGAUCGUUCAUAUGCCGAAGCCGGUAAAAGAUCUUGCGGCAUAUUAUACGGCUCUUCAAACCGAACUUCAAAAGAUUACACGUGAAUUAAGUACGGCGGAAUACGCAUCUAAAGCCGAUAACCUUUUCAAAAGGAGAAAAUCAAAAGAGCAAUUGAAGGUUCAUCGUCAAGGAAAACAAGCCACCGAGCAGCUAAUCAAGAAAACCGAAGAAAGCAUGAAAAAUAUGCUUAAUAAAAUUAAUAAAAACCGUAAAGCCAUGAAAAGAUCAACUGUAAAUGCGCAACAGCAAUCGUCUUCUAUUUCUCCAACUACUAUUGACAAAGUCAAUGUCAAUGGGAAAAGUUGGGGAUAUUUCAAGACAGAGAUCUCGGUGAAUUCCGAUGCGUCAUUAGAUAAUUUAAAGUUUGUCGUGAGGGAUUUGUCGCAUUUACGUAUAAUCUAA